AUGCCUCCUGCACCAUACAUCUGCAUCCCCGGCGUCCCCAACUUCCGCGACAUAGGCGGCCAGCCGCUCUCCUCCCAGCCAACCAAGCAAGUCCGCCGCAACACCGUCUUCCGCUCCGGCCGCCCGACGCUCGUCCUCGACCGCGGCGUCAAGAAGCUCAAGAUGCUCGCCAUCACGCACAUGUUCGACCUCCGCUCGCGGCAGGAACUCACGUCGGCGCGCUACGACCCGGCGACGAUGCUCUGGCCCGGCACGGAGCGGGUGUCUGUGCCUGUGUUCCGACCGGAGGAGUACGCGGGCGAUGGUGGUGGUGGGCUGGUUGGGCGGUUUGACAGGUUUGGGACGAGUGGCCCCCUCGAAUCCCUCUCCCGAAUCCUCCUCUCCGCAACCCACCCCCAGAACGCAUCACGCCCCUUCGCCCGCAUCCUCCAACACCUCUCCUCCCCGUCUCCAUCCUCCCACCCGCCGUCCCCGAUACUAAUCCACUGUGACCUAGGCCAAGACCGCACCGCCGUCAUCUGCGCCCUCGUCCUCUCCCUCUGCGGCGUCAGCGACGACCUCGUCGCCCACGAAUACAGCCUCACCGACGUCGAGCUCGCGUGCCACCACAAGUCGCUCGCCGACAAGGUCCAGAGGAACCCUGCUUUCAAGGGAACGCGCGAGGAUGCCGAGGCUUUGGUCCUCUCUCGCAAGGAAAACAUGCUUUGCUUCCUGAAGAAGCUCCGCCAAAAGCACGGCUCCAUUGAAAAGUGCGUCAUCAACCACGACCUGCUCCAGGCCGAGGGAAUCGCUCGCCUGAGGCGCAACAUGGUUGUCGAUGCCGCCAAGAACCAUUCCAUUGUCGGUGAGUGA